AGCAUAUGUCAAACUGACAGUUAUCUGUCAUCUGUCAAAUAAGAGAUUGUUGUUUUAUCCAUAUUUUCAUAGGAGAUAAUUCAACAAUGGCAAGUGCUGCACGUAGAGAUGUCGCACCUUUUUUGCAAAGAAUUCGUGCGUUCUUGCUCGGUCGGGAGCACACUGUAGCUGUUCGCUUUGAAGAUGGUCUCGCCGAUCGUACUCAACCUCCUCCAGACGUACCCGGCGGCCCAGCUCAUCUGCUCUCAGCUAAUUACUAUUGCAACCGUGAUCCACGACGUGAAGUGGCCCCACCAAUUGAUGUCGUCAAGCAAAAUCUGAUUGCUGGUGGUGAUUCUGGAAGCAAGGCCACAACAAAACUACCAACUCCAGGAAAAGUAUAUCGAUGGGAUUAAAAAAUAUUGCUUAAAAUAAUUUCUUUGAUUUAAAUGAAUAAUUAAAGCUACGAAUUGAUUGA